GUUGUGCCGUAAACUACAGACAGUAAAUACGAUUCUCGGUUAUGUUUGGAUAUGCACGUGACUGCCGUGAAGAUUAUUCGAUGUCCGUCUGACCCGACACAAGCAACUCCCUUACUAAAUUAUCAGCCUUAAACAUAACCUAAAAUUAUCAAAACAAGUCAACAUUCUUUAAGUUUAAAUAAAUCGCGGCCCUUUUUGUAAAACAAUCAACAUGUCCAAGGCCGCCGCCCGCUUAAAAUCAGCCAAAAAAACGGUUGAGAACAAAAUAAUGCAUGGUAUAAUGAGGACAAACGUGCCUGCGGGACUUGCUGCUGCUGGACCCCCUUUGGGACCUAUGCUUGGACAGAGAGGUGUAAAUAUAGCAGCUUUCUGCAAAGAUUUCAAUGAAAAAACCAAAGAAAUCAAAGAUGGUAUUCCCUUGCCUAUACGUUUGAGGGUAAACCCAGAUAGAACGUAUGAAUUGACAAUUCACAAGCCGCCCGUCGUAUAUUUUUUGAAACAAGCUGCUGGGAUUCAAAGGUGUGCCAUGUAUCCUAAAGAUGAGGUGGCAGGUAAAGUUACCCUAAGGCAUGUAUAUGAAAUUGCAAAAAUUAAAAGCGAGGAUCCUCCUUUGCAAGUGUUGUCUUUGGAAGAUAUUUGUAAGAUGAUUGUGGGCGUUGCAAGGUCUUGUGGCAUUAAAGUGGUCAAAGAUUUAGAUCCUAAGGAAUAUGGUGAAUUUCUGAAGGAGAGAGCAGCAAUAGUAGAGCAGCAAAAGAAGGAGAUACAAGAAAAACGGGAAGCCAAGUUGCUUCGAACUGGUUAGUUUUUGUAUAGUUUUUGGUUUAGUAAUUAAUAAAGAACAAAUUAUUAUCACUA